AUGACUGGGUAUGACUUUAUCACAAGUUGGACCAAAUCGCUGACUCCCUGGGCAACAGCCUCAGAGAGCUGGAAUUUAGAGUGCACCCAGCUUGGUUUGCUGGUGGAAGCACCUCCGCUCAAACGCACCAAAACGUUGGAAUCACCAUUCAAAACCACAGUCGACAGUUCUCUGGCCACAGGAAUUGCCUUGGAGGCCUUGAGCAGCGACUUCAACGAAGGAACACCCAAUCUUGGCAAUUGCAACUCCAUGCCAGGCAAGACAGGAUUCUCAGCGUCGAAUCCAUUGACACCGGUCGAGCUGGAAGAGUUCAAAAUCACCUGCAGAGGCAAGAACCGGGCCCUUUGGAUAGGCUUGGCAACGGCAAGGUGUCUAUUUGCGAGUUCUGCGAGUCCCAAUCUGGUUGGUUUGAUUUCAUUCUGGAUCGAUUGGAGUUGUUGGUCAAUGUUUCCAUUAAGAUCAAAUGGAAAGCCGGAUGUCAAAUGCGAAAGUUUGAAUGGAUAA